CGGAACCUCCCUGGCCCACCGUCAACAUCGUGGCGGACAGGCCACUUGUCCCACUUGUACAAUCCCGCCGGGAUGUCCUGGCACCACGAUCUCACGCAGAACUACGGGAGCGUCGUCAAAAUUAACGGAAUCAUGGGGGACGAGCACUUGUACGUUGCCGAUCCGCUGGCACUCCACCAGAUCACGGUCAAGGACCAGGACGUCUUUGAGCAGACGAAGAUGUUUGUUCAGGGCAACAGCGUCAUCUUCGGCGAUGGUCUGCUCUCGACGGUGACCGACCACCAUCGGAACCAGCGCCGCAUCCUCAACCCGAUCUUCUCCAGCAAGAACAUGCGCGAGCUCUGUCCGGCUGUGUUUGAGGU